AUGGAGAACCUCCACUGGGUGGGCCCUUUCCCCGAAUCCCUGCUACUGUCCUGUAGCUAUGGGCAGCUCCCAGCUGUCCUCAUGUGCUGGGCCAUGCCGCCCUCAGUCUUUGUACUCGAGUACUACUUGGACACGCUCUGGAAGGGGACGGUGCUCUUUAUCAUCUGCCUUGUCUUCAUUUCCUGUAAUGUCCUGAGAGAGGUGAAGCAUCAGGAGACCUGGUGCUUUCCUGCCUAUGGCAUGGCUAUAGGCCUGUGGCUCAUGCUCUCCUCAAUGCCCCAGCGCCGCCUAGUGUUGAACCACACACGCGGCAUGUACCACUUCUCCAUCCAGGGCCGAACUGUAUGUCAGGGACCAAUGCAUCUGGUCUACGUGCGCCUGGCACUCAGCUCUGAUGCCUAUGGAGGUCGCUUCUUCCAGCUGGUCCUUUGUGGCCACAAGCUAGAGCCACUUGUGCUGGUGCAGCUCUCAGAUCGCUAUGAGCAAAUGGAAUUCUUGGGCCGGCACAUUGCCCGGAAACUCAACAUCAACUACUUUGACUAUCUGGCCUCCUCCUAUCGUCAUGUAGUCCGCCACUGGCCACUGGGAGCCUCCUUUAGCCCUGGCAUUGUGCAGCGGAAAACACGAGUCUACACUAAGUCAAGUGUCAGUGACCUGGAUGUGUAA